CACACACAAACACAUAUGUAUAUAGCGCACACGCAAUUGCAUAUAUAUUCCUAUUUGUUGAAUAGUUACGUCACAUAUAACAAACAUUUCAUUUAAUUCACUUUUUAAUGCGCGACUCAAAUUCUUUUUACUCCCCUUCGGCCUGGCAACUUCAUAACUUCGCCAACGGCUGAAAUGCCAUUCCGAUGGAAAAUUCGAGAAACUCGGUUCGUAUCUCAAGAGAGGAUUUCACGCGGACUGCCAGUGUCAGAUAUCGAAGUAUAUGAAUCAGAAAAGCAUUAAAAUUUUCCACGCAAGCGUGAUCCGAGCAUUGCGAAAUAACUGUGCGCUUAAUUUCUUUGAAAACGCCAGCCGCCUGCUUUUUGCUAAUGAAACCUUUAUCGGCACGUAUUGCAUUACGUACGCUUACAAUGAGUCUGGCAUAAUCAAAAUGAUCUAUUCACGUAUAAUUUAUGCUUCAGAAUUGUUAAUCAUUGUGACUGACAUGCUGCCAUUCAGUAUGUCUGGUAAAGUAUGUUUUUAAUAUUUUAUCCACCAGAUGCGAUGGAACGAGGGACGCGUUUCAUUUUCCACCAGCUGCGAGCGCAUCCAGUAGUAAGAUCCGCGAUAAAUCCGCCUUCGGCAUUCUCAGAUGAAGGCGCGUUAAUGUCGCGCGCGCAGCGAUCGAUUGACGAAAUUCCGCAUCCUUACGUAUCGAGAAUUUGAAAUCGGGGAGGUAAAGCGGCUCUCGCGGCACUCACUAACGACAUUUCAACGACAACGGCAUACACUCCGGGCUUUAUUCUCGGAGAUAUCGGCGCGAUAUUAAGUCGAGCUAAAACGGUUUAUUCGGCUAAUGUCGUGUUUACUAACGCUCGCGCAGCGAAAUAUGUCACGCGCACUUAUAUUCCACUCGAUACUUGCGUCAGCUGAGCGUCGAUAAGAAGAUUAACACAUCUGCUUAUAUCGUUCGGAGGGUGAAUGCGGAAUUUUGUUUCAUUUAUUACCGAUACAAAACAAAUUUGACACAAAGAGGAUUAUUAUUCGUUAAUAUGCGACAUUCUCGGAUUAAGGAACACAUUUUCUCGUGAAUAAUUGUCAUAAAAUAGGCGAAGGUGUAAAUAAAAUGAAUAAGAAAGAUUCAAGUAACGCAACCCGUUAUACAGCAUGGAAAGAUUGUAGAAAUAUUUUAUUGCAGUAUUGCGAAAACGUUGCGGAGUAUAUUGUUAUAUAUUGCAGCAAUGACAAAAUGUCCGUUUUUAGGAAUAUUACAAUACAAUAUUGCAGCAAUAUUACAAUAUUUAUAAUACUUUGUAAUGUCAUGAUAAUUAAAGUAAUUUGAACAAAAAAUUUAGGAUACGUGUGCAAGUACUAAACAUUAAGAAAAUAAUUAUAUAAAUCUUGCAAUACGCUAAUAAUAACGUAUUAUUAUAAUACGUAUGUGCGUAUUAAACGAAAUAAAAUUCAAUAGCUGUUAAUGUUACAUUAUUUUAUUAACAGCACGACUGUAAAUUUAUAUUUAUAUAAUUGUUUUUUUAAUUAUCUACACUAUGUCUACAUGUUUCACAGGUUGUUCAUGAUUUAAAUAACGUUGUGAUUUUUCAAGUGCCUUAGACUCACAUGAAAAUUUUUUUGCUUUGUUGCAAAUGCAAAAUUGUAAAAUUUAAUUUAAUUUUUUAAUCGCAGAAAUUGUUAUCAAGCAUUUUCAAAAAUAUCUCCAACUUAUAUAGCAUAGAACAUUUUAUCAAUAUUGCAGAAACGUUGCACAUAUUGAUGCAACAUUGCUGGAAUAUUCUGUGCUAACUAAUCAUGGUAGAUUUGUACUUAAAUGCAAUACAAGACUUUUGUAUAAAGCUUAUAAGCUUGAAAACGUAUACAUAAAUGUUAAUAUAAUACAUAAAGUCAUAGCGGGUUAUUCAGCUUUACAUAGUAUUUAAAAUUUUGUUGUAACAUCAUAUUUUAUAUCUAUAUUUUACCAACGUGAGCUAACGUGCAAUAAACAAUACUGCAAUGCUAUUGUAACGUAAUUGCGAAAUUCUGAGGGAACUUUUAAUCGUUCACGCCCUUAAAUGCCAUAAAAUAAGCAAAAUUUUAAGUAAUGUAACAUAAUCAUCUGACAUAAGAGGAAAAAAGUGAUGGAUUAAACUUUGCUGAUUUCACUGGCGCAACUUCUAUCUUCCGAGAGGAGUGAAGCUUAUCUGCUUGAAAAUUACUGCUGACGCGGCAACUCGCCGCGAAAGCGUCUCAUCCAAUGUCGCCUUCGUACUUGGGUAAACUCCUAAUGAUCGCAUUCCGCGAUUCGUCCACAAUCUUGUAUAAAUACGCGCACACGUAUGUACGUUCGUACAUGGCGCCUUCGUACGUAUUUCCGGGAAGGCAUACGUACAUACAAGCAGCGAGAACUAUCCUCGACUUCGUUUGUUCGUAUAUUCUCUCGUACUAGAGGCAACCUCGACCAAGUGCCCGAGAGACUCGUUGAAUUUCCGCGCCUUCCGUUCAGCUGCUGAAGGAAACACCCGACAGCUACUGUCACUCUGUCUUAUUGAACUAUCUCACUAUUUCUCUCUUCGUCUCUUCGCAAAUUCUUCCUUUCCCUCCAGUUGUAACAGAUUAAGAUCUCGCGCCAUAACUGAUAUUUAUAUAAGGGGUUCUAUCUCCGAGUUCUCUGCUUGACGCCACGAGAUAUCGCGAGAGGAAAGAAGUACAAAAAUAUGGUAUCGCACAUAUAAAAACAUGCCGUUUGUAAAUGACGAACGCGUGUUUCUCUUCGAUCGAGUUUUUUGCCGCCUUACCUCGACAAAUAAUCAUUAUACCUUUUUUUACACAUGUACGACGUUUUGACAUCAGUUCGCUAGGUUGAUCGAAUUGUCAAUGAGAUGUUUUCAAAGAACGGAGGAACAUGGCAGAGUAUUGUGCUCGAGCGCUUCAAUUUCAAUUCCUCUUGCUACGUAUACAAAGCGACAAGAGUUCUGCACAUACGCGAUCAAAUGUUUCGAUUUAAAUAUGUUUAGUGACCGUGAAAAAUUCCUUUGUGGAUGGUAUCACUUGUUACGCAAACCUUUACGAAAAAAAAAAGAAAAAAAAGGAGAGGGAAUGUAGAUUAUUAUGGACAGGAAGAGAGAGAGAGAGAGAGAGAGAGAGAAAGAGAGAAAGAGAGAAAGAAAAAGAAAUAUCAAAUAUUAUCACACGUUUUAUAUUGCAUACGCCAGGAUAUCGUCUCAAUUUUGCAUGACGAUACUUUCGUUCUAUCGAAGACGUAAAAUAUAUUGAAAAUGUUUUUACUCUUUUGGCGCAAGACAUUUAAAUUCUCUUGAUGUUUAAAUUUACCUUUCUCGCCCCUAUUACGUUUCUCUCUAUCCUACAACCUACCAUGAUAGUUUUCUAACCCGAUGUGAUUGAACACGGAUAAAGUACAAUCCUGUCAGCGAUGGAAUAGCCGAACGAUCUCUCGACAAGAUCCAUCCAAGGAACAGAGCUACGGGCGAGAGGACGUUGUACCAAGUGAUCCAAUUUCCAAUUCCAUUAGAAGGUAAGCAACGCAGGAAGCUCCGUACACACAUACACACUUCGAUUGCAUUCUACGGCUCAGCAGACGCUGUAAAGAGCAUUGGAUGAAAUAUCAGAUGCGAGAAUACGCAGAUAUUACCUGUGUCUGUGUCAUCCUCAACGCACAAAUCGUGGCGAUCAAAAGAUAUACGAUACUAGAACGAUGCUAAGUCUUUAACCUUUAAACGGCCGGCAUUGGACCUAUUAUAAUUCCCUUAGAAAAUUCCCGAAAUAUUGUACUUAUAUCUUCGAUACAACCUAUAUAAUAGGGAGUCCUCCGUAGCGUCUAUAUUUAGACUUUCCGGCCGUCUAAAGGUUAAUCUCCUGACACUGCUAGUUUCCCUCGUCAUGGAUUUCUUGGACAAUUAAAUUUGAGACAUAAGGUUUUUUUUUUUAUUAGACGAGGUAUAAAUCACGAAUAUGUCAAUUCUUGAAAAAAAAAUAGUAUUGUAAAAUUUUAAUCCUUUCUCUUGCUUUGCCUGUACAAAGGAAUCCACAAUUAAAAAUAACUGUUGAGCGAAGUAUUAUCAUAGUAAAUUAAACAAAGAAGAUGUGAUAUUCAAUGGGGAAACUGGCAACGGAGCACACUAAAAUUAUAAUAGUUAAUUGUCAUUUCGAUCGUCAAAAAUGACAAUAACUGACGGAAAUCGAAGAAUCAAGAUACACGGAGCUUCUUACGUUGCUAAACUGAAGGUCACAUCUGCGCUCGUCGAUCGCAGAGAUCAGAUUGAUCCAUUUAGUUACAUUGUAACUUUGACAAAUUCGAUGUUCAGCUUAUCUUGCACUGUUCUAUCAGAUGAAUUUGUUGUUUAAUUUUGAGCUUUUAUUUUAACCUUAGAAAAAUAAUGGAAAAAAUAACGAAUUGAAAUUAUCUUUUAAAUAACGGUAUAAAUUUCUUUUAAAAUAAAUUUUUUUCCCAUCUUUGCUUUUUGUUAUUAUAAUUGUUAUCAUCUUUGUCGUAAUGAAACAUACAAACAAAAAGUAAAGAGAAAAUGUCAACUUACACAAGUUUGUACAUGUUUAAAAUUAUUCGAAAAUUAAAAAAAUAAUUCAAGAAAAAGAAUUUUCAUCCUCGGAUCAGCAACGCGACUGUAACGCACGUACGUGCAAUAACGUGAUCAGAUUGCUGUAACUCGUUUUCUGAGUACGAAAUCAUGCACGUGCUUUAUGCCUUUGUCUUUCUCACUGUAAAACUCAUUUACAUUUUAUUUGACAAACUCGAUGUGGAUUGUUUCGCGCCGUUUUAUUUAAAAUUAAUUAGAAUUCUACAAAUCUAAAAUGCGUAUAUUAUUAUAAAAUGAGAAUAUUAAAAAAAGCGAUAAUAUUAAAAAAAUAGUAUUUUUUAAAAAUAGAUUUUGACCUUUCAGUUAAGAUAAAACUAUUCAAAGUUUAUAGAAUUUUGGAAAGAUUUCGAGUUAAGCAUGAACAUACUAUAUGUGAUGUAUUUAUUGAAAAUUUUUAUAAUGUACACAUUGUACACCAUGUUCUUGCAAAAUUUUUAAAGUAUUUUUGAGACAUAAACUUUUCUUAAUAGCUUUAUCAUAUUCACACAAAGAAAAUUUAUUAAAAAAAUACUAUUUUUCUUUUUACAUUUUUUUAAGCUAAAAUACGUCUUUUUUUAAUAUUCUUCUCUGUGUGUACGUUGUGUGAAUAAAUUAAACUAUAUUAAAAUUGUUAAAUAAAAAUCUCGAAAAGAAAUUCAUAACAAAUUUCCAUUUUUGAUAUCGCGUUCGCAAAUACUAAUCUGUUAUGCUUUAUUUUUUAGUUUUGUUGAAAUAAAAUAAAAAUUUUAAUCUAAACAUUUGACUACCGAGAAUCGAAUAAAGUUAGAAACGAACAUUUAUGAUUUCACUGUUAGAACCAGAUUUAAACACAAUAUAUUUAUAUUUACAUUUGACUAAACAGCUCAUGUUUUCGACCGUUGACCUUCCCCACCAAGUUUCUCCGAAUAUUUUCCUUGGUAUAGUCAGUCUUGACGUAUCGUAAUUAGUAACACAAGUUCUGCGGUGCGGUAACAUACGAUAUUGUGCGGAAAUAAUGGUAGCUCCAACACGCAGUUGGGUAUGGAAACAUUUUCGUAGGUCCGUAGACACUAAAACUGUACAGUGUAAUAGUUGUAAAAAAGUUUAUAAAUAUAGAUCUUGUCUGGAAUUUUAUAAAAUACAUUUAUUCCGUCAUCAUGGCAUAUUUAAUGAUGACGACCACUUAAAAUGGAACGACGACACUCACAUUUUAUGGCAACAUUUCAAGAAACAAGACAAUUUUAAAGAACAAGACAAGUUUCUUGCAAAAUGCAAAUAUUGUAAAUAUGUUCAACGCAAUGCGUUUAUGAAAAAAAAUUUAGAGAGACAUUUGUUAAAAUGGCAUUCAGAAAUAAUAGCUGCGAGGCAAGAGGAAAUUCACGUACGUCCCUGGUUAUCGAAACACAUCGUUUGGUCGGAUUGUAAAAAAUACAUAAAAUGCCGUUAUUGUAAGUGGCAGAAAACAACAAUAUUUCAGAGAUUAGAUGGUAUAAUGUCUCACUUGGCUGAUCGUCAUAAUAUAAAUGAAAAUUCAAGUUUAUCAUACGUGAUGCAACCAUCCGUGGCUGCAGAAAAUUAUGCAGAUACAAGUCAUCAUAAUGAAAAUACAUAUUGGCAAGCGCCUAAAAAUCAAGCUCAACAGAGUUUGCAAAUAAGAACUGAAGAUAUUUUCAUGGAUGGAAUAACGCAACUUUCCGAAACUACAGGAAAUUACGCGAAUACAAAUUCUCAUGAUAGUUCAUAUUGGCAAACUCUUAGAAGUUCACAAGGAACGGAACAAGAGAGAAUUGAUAAUAUUAACGUGGAUAUAAUAAUACAACAACUCAUAGCUGGAGUAAAUUAUGAGGAUACAUAUUCUCGUUUUAACAAUACGUAUCAGUCCAAUAACGGCGGCCAACAAAACUCUGAAUUAGAAUUUAUCUUAGAUGAUAAAUUCUUGUCCUUUGUUAAUGAAGAAAGCUGGCCUUAUUAUUUGGAAUAUCUGCAAUAAAAACAAUCUUGGCCUGUGCAUACUGAUAACAAUGAAUAAAGGGCGCGUAUGACGAGUAAUUGUCCAUUUUGCGUUGCUAUAUAACGUAAAGAGAGCAGUUUUACGAUUUAUUUUGAAGCAACUUUCUUAAAUCAACUUUCAAAUUAGUUUUACGAAGUUUUCCUUUACUCUCUAAAUCUCACAGAGUGGAAAAUCACUCGAAAAAUCGCAGAGGCUCAAUUUUCACUCUUUUAGAGUGACGUUUCACUCUACUCUACUCUCAAAGAACAUUAAUGUAUCAAUUCCCAUACAGCACUGAAGCGUCCAAUAACAUUUCAGAAAUAUUGCGACAUUGCAGGUUGCAAUGUAAUAUUGCAGAGACGUUUUGGAGAUAUAUUCAAUAUUUCGCUGAAAUAUUUCAGCAUUAAUGUAGAAAUGUAAAAUUCUCAGAAUACACAUGAAUUAAAAUUUGUAUGGAGUAUGCUUUGACAUGCGUGUAACUUCUGUGAGAAGACAUUUGUGUACAUGUGUAUACUUUUUUAUUCAAUAUAAAGCUUAUAUAUUAAUAAUAUUAAUAUUAUUGCUUUAUAUAUGUUAACAAAUGAAAUAAGGUAAUUAAUUAUAAUAGAAAAUCAUAAUAAAAGAAACAAGAUGUUAAUUUCAAAACAGAAUUUGUGACAUUAUGCAACGGUUUUCUAUUUCUAUAAAAAAAUUUAAUAAUAAUUCUCUAAUAUGCAGGAUACGUCAGAUUUUGGAUUUAAACAUUAAGAUUUAAAUUUUGAGAAUACAUAAGGAUGUUCAAGACAGAUGAGAAAAAAUUUUUUGCAAUUGCGUAAAUUCACAAUCUUCAUCUGAGUUUUUUGAAUGGAAAAAGGUUGUAAAUUUAUGCAACCGCAAUAAGUUUUUUCUUAUCUCUAUUGGAUGUUUUUAUAUAUUCUCAAAGUUUAUCUGUCAAAUUUGAAGCGUUCUGCAUAUUUCUAGCAAAGCGUUUCAAUAUAACAAAUACAUUUGCACCGUAACAACACAAGAAAUUUUACACUUAAAAGCGGACUUUUCAAAGUUGCCGCAAGCUUGCAGUAACAUUGCAGAGACAUUUCGCAACUUCCACGCAAUAUUUCAAUGUAAGAUCUAUGUAAUAUUUCUGCAAUCUUUCGGUGCUGUAUGGGAAUUAAUUUAUAUGGCUUACGCGCCAUAACUUAUUAGUAUAACUUGUACUAAUCAUGUAGUUAAAAAUCUAUGUACACUGAGCAAAGAAAAUUGUUAACUUGACUAAAAUUUUUAACAAUAAUCACACGGACCUACGAAAUUAAACACAAGGUUAGCAGGCCCAUGUCAGUUGGAGACUGUAAAUAUGAAAAAUUAUUAAUCAGCACUAAGAACUUACAUAUAAAUGCUUAAAUUAAAAUUCAAGUAUUCUAUAUAUUUGGGUCAAACACAUGUAUAAAUACUUGAAUCGAAGAAAUUUAAAUAAGUUGAAAAUUUUAAUCAACUUUUUGUCUCAGUAUAUGCGUAGAAUACUUACAAGAAUAAUUAUAAGAAUAAUUAUAGGAAUAAUUAUAAGAUAUAUCUUUUUUUCUUAAUUCUGGCAUUUAAUUUACUUGGAUAAUUUGACUAUUAAUUUUUUUAAUGGAAUUGAACUGAACUAAAAUACAAUAACUGAUUCGAUUUACACUUCUAGUAUAUACAUAACAUUUAUUUGAGACAAAAUAAAUUAUUAUUAAAAGUCUUAAACAAUUUUUAAAAAUAUAUAAUUAAUAAUUUUUAAUAUAUUAGUAAUUUUUAAAUAUAUUAAAAUUUAUUUCAAUGUAAUUAGAAAAUUAUAAUUGAAACAUAUUUUCGAUAUUAUGUUUAUAAUUGAAAGUUGAUGUAUUAUUUCGAUAAUUGAUAAUGCAUAUAAUCAUAAUAUAAAUUGACGCAAGAUAGAUGUAUUUUAAUAAAAUGA